AUGAAUGGAUCAAGCAACGCAAAAAAGAAACGGGUACCUUUAAUGACAAACCAAAGCCCGGACGCCUGAGACUACUUACCGGCCGCUAUGAGCGAAAAGUGUUGCAGUAUAUUGCACCAACGCCGUUUCUGUUCAAACAAAGCUAA